AUGGAUCUCCUGUACAAACCUUGCAUCAACAACUGUGGCCAUACGUUCUGCUUCUGGUGCAUGCACAACUCCAUGAACCCAUUCCGUCCAUCGCAGUGCCCGCUAUGCCGGGCCGCUUACACGCACUUUCCCCGGGUCUGCGUUCCGCUCCAUUACUUCCUCGCAUCCUCCUUUCCAGAACAGUACUCCGAGCGUGAACGAGAGAACCGCGGUAAGGUUAAGAGGCCGUACAGGUGCAGCAACCCCUCCUGUGGCCGCCUCGCUUACCAGCCCUGCAUUCUCAGCUGCGGCUGCGUGGUGUGCAGGUCCUGUCUACCCGGAACUCCAAGGGCUUCCCGAGGAACACGAGCCCAGGGGGCUGCAGUAGCAGCUGUAGCAGCAGCUGCGGGCCAUCUGAUAACGUCGCCUACCGGGCCCGGAGCGUCACCGCCGCCGCAGCAGCAGCAGCAGCGGUCAUCUCGGGAGCACCCGGAGCAGCAGCAGCAGCAGCAGCAGGGCGUGUGUGGGCAACUGGACCCGGACACGGACGGGCUGGGGAAGCUGCCCCGGACCUUGCCCCGGAGAGAGGGCUCGGCGUCGCCGCCGGCAUCGCCGCCGCGGCAACGGCAACCCGGGCGCCAGGAGAAGAUGGAGGACGAGGGCUACCAUCACGAUCAGCAGCCGAGGCAGCAGCAUCAAGAGCAGGGGCGGCGGCUUGAGCAGCAGCCCACAGAACAACAGCAACAGCAGCAGCCGAAGCAGGAGCAGCACUUAAAACCUCAGUGCCCUUCUUGCGGUCGGAGCUACAUUCCCGGUCCGCAGGUAUGCGGCAAGCUGGAGGAGGCUCUCCGCUGCCUCUACCCAGACACGUAUAAACAGCGGCAGGAGGAGGAGGAGGAGGAGGAGGAGUUGAGAGCUGCCGCCGCAGCGGCUCCAGCUGCAGUGACGGCAACCACCGACAUCGCAGCCGCCGCCGCAGCCUCGUCGGCCCGUAACGGGGAAGCUGAAGGCUCCAAGUUGCCGCGGAUAGAUGCGCUCAUCGCAGCCGCAGCUAUAGGUGCCGCCGCCGCUGGCCGAGGUGCUGACGGCACCAGCUUGUCCUCUUCCGCCGCCUCCCACCCUUCCGCGCCUCCCCCACCUCCCCCAAGCAUCAUCGACAUCUGGCUGGCUCUUCGCGAGGAGAUGGCGGCGCAGGCGGACACGUGCUUCACCUGGUACUCCAUACAGUGUGUGGAGUGCACCGAGGUGGUCGGCUACGACCUGUGCGGGGCCUGCUACGACCGGGGUGCCGCGGGUCGUGGCCGCUUCAAUCAGCUACACCGCCCCGAACAUCGGGUGGUGAAAGUGGAGCCGUGCUUCGGGCAGGUGACACAGGCGGAGGCCCGCCGUGGCGGAGCCGCCGCCACCGCCUCUGCAGCUGGCGGCGCGGCGGCCUCGGAGCCGGCGGCCUCGGCCUCGGCCUCCGCUGCGGAGCGGGUGGACGGUGGUGGUGAUGGUGAUAGACCCGGAGUUGCCGUGCUGGAGGGACUGCAGCUGCUGACGCUCAUGAACUAUCUAGAGGUCCUCCAUCCGGAGCUGACGGUGGAACAGGCGACCACGCUGGUCAUUAUGCACCUGGGGGCACCCGGCGGACUACUGGAUUUGGCGGAAGCCGGCCUGCGUGGCGGCGGCGGCGGCGGCGGCGGUGGCGCUGUCGGACGAGGAGGUGCUCGCGGAGCGCCCGCAGCUCGCAGCUCCCGUACCAACGUUGCCGGCGGCACCAGCAGUAGCAGCAGCAGCAGCGUGGCUGCCGGCAGCAGAGGUUUUAACUUUCGUUGGGGCUCGUGGUCGUUUUCCUUUGGCAGAAGUGAUGGCGGCACGGGGGGUGCCGGUGACGGAGCCGCUGAUGCUGCGGCGGCGGCGUCAGGCACUGUGGUCGACGGAAGUGGCGGCCGGCGGUUUGGCGGCGAUGGUGGCGGCGGAAGCGGACUGCCCUGGUUUGCCUGGGCUUCUCGCCGCCGCGGCGGUGGCGGCGGCGGCGGGGACGCAGGCUUGUCAUCGCGGCAACGCGCGUUUACCGGACCCCAGGAUGUCGAGAGGUUUGUGGACUCGUCAGGAGCAGGAUGCAGCGCUGAGAGCGCAGCUGUUGAUGCAAUCUGA